GUUUAAGAGCAUCAGAUUCCUCCUGUCUCAUCUAGUUUCUAUAUAAAUUGGGUUCUAACAAGGGAUGACCCGUCACUUUGCAAGACUAUUUUGUACAGAAUUUCAGUUAGCCUUCUUCCAUCUUGUGAGAAAAAGAGAUGGCUCCCUCUCCUUUCCAUCCUAAAGCUUCUCGUCAUGGACGUUCCAUCAGUUUGCCAUCCAGAUCUCAUCCUCUUACUCUUCAAGUUGAGCAGCAGUUAAACAGGGUAAGGGCUUCAGAAGCCACCUCAUCGUCAAUAUCUUGCAACUUGGGUGGCUUACAAGAUUUAUAUGACUGCGUCGCUGAUUUGCUUCAUUUGCCAUUGACCCAACAAACAUUAGCCUUAGAACGAGGAGAAAAAUGGGUUAAUGAGGUGUUAAAUGGAUCUCUCAGGUUGCUGGAUGUGUGUGGUACAGCAAGGGAUGUUCUUUCACAGAAGAAAGAAUGUGUGACAUAUCUUCAAUCUUCCCUCCGUAGAAUAAGAGGGGAAUCUGGUUUAGCAAAUCAAGUUGAAGCAUAUAAGAUGUCCAGGAAGAAGGUGACUAAGGUGAUCAGCAAGUGCCUUGGAGAUCUAAUGAGGUCUCACAGCAAAAAAAAGUGAGAUAUAAUGAACAGUGUCUUCACAAAAACAAAAUGAAAAAUAUAACAGGAAGAAGAAAUUAUGAAAUUUAAAAACCAAUGCAGUAGGUGGAAAGUUUUAAAAUCAUAAAUCAGCUAAAGUCAGUUAAAAUGUAUUAUUAGUGUUCAAAUUAUAUGUUAUGAUGUAUAGAGAAGAAGUUGACCAUCAUCUUCAUGCCUAAUGCACUGCACACUAUAUUGUA